AUGGCCUCGUCUCAGGGGACGAACGAGCUCAAAUUGGCGGACUGGAUGGCAGCUCUCCCGGAGAGCAUCCACAGCAUCCCCCUCACCAAUUUAGCCAUCCCAGGAUCUCACGAUUCUUUCAGCUUCUACAUCGAUGAAGCCUCUCCAGUAGGGCCUGAACAGCCAGAAACUGUCCAGAAUUUUGUCUCUGUUUUUGGAACUGUGGCCAAAAAGCUGAUGCGGAAAUGGUUAGCCACGCAAACGAUGAACUUUACUGGUCAGCUAGGAGCUGGGAUCCGUUAUUUUGAUCUUCGAAUUUCCACCAAGCCCAGAGACCCCGACAAUGAACUCUAUUUUGCUCAUGGUUUGUUCAGUGCCAAAGUCAAUGAGGGCCUUGAGGAGAUCAAUGCAUUCCUCACAGAUCACCGUAAGGAGGUCGUGUUCUUGGACUUCAAUCAUUUUUAUGGAAUGCAGAAAUAUCACCAUGAAAAAUUGGUCCAGAUGCUGAAAGACAUCUAUGGAAAUAAAAUGUGCCCAGCAAUUUUUGCACAGGAAGUGAGUCUAAAGUACCUGUGGGAGAAGGACUACCAGGUGCUGGUCUUCUACCACAGUCCCGUGGCUCUGGAGGUGCCCUUCCUCUGGCCUGGGCAGAUGAUGCCAGCACCCUGGGCCAACACCACAGACCCGGAAAAACUGAUUCAGUUCCUUCAGGCGUCCAUCACUGAGAGGAGAAAGAAGGGCUCGUUUUUUAUAUCUCAGGUGGUGCUGACGCCCAAAGCUAGCACUGUGGUCAAAGGGGUGGCCAGUGGCCUCAGAGAAACAAUCACAGAAAGGGCUCUUCCCGCCAUGAUGCAGUGGGUCAGCACGCAGAAACCAGGAGAGAGCGGCAUCAAUAUUGUCACUGCCGAUUUUGUAGAACUUGGUGAUUUCAUCAGCACUGUCAUAAAGCUCAACUAUGUCUUUGAUGAAGGAGAAGCCAACACUUGA